AAGACCUUUGUAGUCUUUAUGACAUUAAAUUAACUUUUUCUAGGUCAGUCAUCCCCAGUCCAAUGGCUCGAUUGAGCGAUUUCACGCCACUUUAUUGGAAAUGAUCAGAUCCCAUGUAUCCGAAAAUCCCGACGAACAUCCCUUCAAUAUUCUUCCCUAUGCUGUUCAGUGCUACAAUAGCACUAGAAAUAAAACUACUGGCUUUACACCAUACGAGCUCGUGUUUGGCCACACCUCUGGUCGUCCGCCCGAACACAUAUAUUUAGAAAAAGAAUUGAUGUCCAAAUGUGAUGUCGGUAGAAAGGCUACCAAUGAGACUGUUAUAUUCUAG